GUCCGGCAGUGUCCUGAUCGAGCUGGGUUGUGGGUAAGACCAGAGCAACAGAAACGACCGUGUCUUUAGCAUCUAUUCGAGUAUAGGAGUUUGCGGAAAACAGGCGCCAUUCUGUCGGCGCUCGAGCGGAAGAACAAAUCGAUUGACUCGAUGUGUCUCCGCGCGAACUGUCUCACAGCGUGGCAACACUGGCCACCAGACUGGGCCGAUCUAGUGGAGUCCAGGUGCAUGGCAUGGUGGGGACCUACGAAGACUGCAUUUCGUGGCUGGCUGGGAAUGCGUGGCCCCGAAAACAGGUCGAUCUGGUCACUUUGCUGUAGAUGGGCAACAGCGUGGCCAAUUACGGCCAGUCCCUGGUUGCGGUGGAUGCGUGCCAGCAGGAAAGCCGGAUCGUGGAAGCGGAUGACAGCGACCAAGAGGCACUCCGGGAGUUCGGCCUCAAUGGAUUGCGCCAUGCUAAUUCCAUCAUGGGCCAAUGAGAUGUUCCACCGCGAUGAAUGCAGUUGUGUGUGCCGAUUUGACGCUACCGAUCACACACUCAGAGUGUAUUACACGUGCGGCACGGACACCGAGCUGACAGUGGACGGACAGCGGCUGUCCCUGGCAAAGGGAAGCCAGAUCGAGGCGAUCACCAGCGGCAAAAUGGACGGUGGGAGAUGUGCAGCACAUUGCCAAGCGAGCUGGACUGCGAGUGAGGGAUCAAUGGUGUGAUGCGGAAUGCAUGUACUGGUUGUAUACCAUGGCUGCAGAGUCCCCGGCCGUGGAUCAGUGGAAAGGAGGGGUUCGGCGCAGUCAAGCUGAAAGGCACCUGGGAAGAAGCGCAGCUCAAGAAAAAACCGGGAAAAUGCACGGGAGUGGGUCUCGCCAACCGCGAUGGCCCGACAGCUCCCCGCACAAGCAAUGUGAUUGGCCCG